AUGAAACGAGUUUACGCUCUGAGUUUCAUCUUCCUGGAUGCCGUCUUUGGCCAAAGGGCAAGAGCCGCCAUGCCAGGAUCUGUGGUUGACUGCCUUAGAAGCACGACGUUCGGAUGCGGUUCUGGAGAUAUUGAUUGUUUAUGCUCAGCUUCCAAGCGCAAAGAGCAUAUCGCUGAAUUCUCAUCCUGCAUCAAGAAAGGAUGUAAACCGGACGAAGUCGUUUCAGCUGAAGAUUCAUAUGGUCCUCUGUAUGUUAGAGCCGAGGGACCUAAGAUCGGUCCGGAAGGGUCGAGUUCUACAACCGCGGGUGCCAAUGCACCUGUCAACCCCGCUGGCCAAGGAGCGCCGGCAGUAGAAUCAUCGGCCACGGCAAAAGAAGUGAUGGAGACUUCGUCAAUUGAGGUGGAUAUAUCGACCGAGGAGGUUGUGUCGACCGAAGUGCAUUGGCAGGACGUAGGAACUAAGUCAACUGACGACACCGCCACAUCGACCUCAACCGACCCUGUGAAAGCUGGGAUAGCGGCUUCAGCAUCAACGGCGAGAGCUGUGUCAGAAACGACUGCUUCAAUGAGCACAGAAAGCUCAACAGCCUCAAGUGCCUCAACGGAAGAAGAACAAGCCACCGACACGGUACUACCUGCUAGUGAUAAAUACUACCCUAGAGGAGGACUAAGUGCUGGGGCCAAGGCAGGUAUUGGAGUCGGUAUAGCGUUGGGUGUUAUAGGGCUCGCCUGUCUUGUCGCGGCGAUCUGGCUUAUUAGACGGAAGAGGGCCGCUACCGGUGCAUCGGGAAUGGGUGUGACGCAUGCCCAAUCGGUGAAGUCGCCAAAUCCUUUCAGUCGGCAGGUCGAGGUGGCAGAGAUUGACGGACGACCAGCUCCACAAGAGCUGCCUGCUUGA